GGGGACGCGCGCCGAGCCCGAGCUCGCGCUGCGGCGGUGUCUGCGGCUCGAGCUCAGGGACAGGCAGAGCCGGGGAGGCGAGCGCGAGGAGCAGGCACCGCAUUACCACUGAGAGACAGGGUGCUCGCGCUCAUCCCUCACCGACUGCUCCUUUCUGCAGGACGACAAGCGCAAUCCAGGGAAAACAAUUUGUUCUUUUUACAAAAAAAGAGAAAAUUGGUCCCAGCAGUUUUAAUUUGAAACUGUUUUCAAACGUUGGUGCAUUUUUUACAUUUUAAUUUAUAUAUUUAUGCGCGUGCUGUUUUUGCGCAUUGGGUAACAACAGGUUGUGAUCUGUGUGCAACACCCCUAUCCGCAGGGUUAAGCAAUAAGUAAGUUGUGUCAAUUUGGGAUCUCAAUACAUCGAAUCGAAAUGAGCACCAGUGUGUCACAGCACAUGGCCAUUCACAAUCCCUUGGGAAAGCUGCCAGGUGUUGCGGUCCUUUGCCAUAAAUGUGGAAAACCAUGUAAAGGAGAGGCCCUGAGGGUGCAGAACAAAUUCUUCCACAUCAAUUGUUUCACUUGUAAAGUAUGUGGAUGUGACUUAGCCGAGGGUGGAUUUUUUGUGAGGCAAGAGGAAUACAUCUGUACUUCUGACUAUCAGAGACUGUAUGGAACACGCUGCUUCAGCUGUAAUGAAUUUAUAGAAGGUGAAGUGGUUUCAGCUCUGGGAAAAACUUACCAUCCAAAGUGUUUUGUCUGUGCUGUUUGCAGGCAGCCCUUUCCUCCUGGAGACCGUGUAACUUUUAAUGGGAAGGAAUGCAUUUGCCAGAAAUGCUCUCAGUUUCUGAGUACGAAUCCCAAACAUGUGUCAGCACAGACACCUCAAAAGUGUGGAGGCUGUGACCUGGAAAUAAAAAAUGGACAAUCCUUGGUGGCUUUGGACAGGCAGUGGCACCUGGGCUGUUUUAAGUGUCACACUUGUGGGAAAGCCCUAUCUGCUGAAUAUAUCUGCAAGGAUGGGGCUCCUUACUGUGAGGCUGAUUACCAUUCUCAGUUUGGCAUCAAAUGUGAGCGCUGCACGAAAUUCAUUACUGGGAGAGUACUGGAGGCAGGAGAAAAACAUUACCAUCCAGACUGUGCACGAUGUGCCAGGUGCGAAGAGAUGUUUGCAGAAGGCGAAGAAAUGUAUCUACAAGGUACUUUAAUCUGGCAUCCAGUCUGUAAACAGGCUGCCAGGGCAGAAGAAAAGCAGAAGAUCACUCAUAUUUCUUCUGAGAGUAUCACAUCUCCUCCGGCCUCCAGUGCCUCAGGAUCACCAAGCCGUUUAAUAUAUGCCAAGCUAGAUGAUGAGAUUCUUGACUACAAGGAUUUGGCUGCUCUUCCUAAAGUUAAGGCCAUUUACAAUAUUGAUCGCCCUGACAUGAUCUCCUAUACACCGUAUAUCAAUUACUCCACUAUUGAUAGGCAUAGACUUGGGGAGUCACAUCGACUGCUUUGCUCAACAUCAACUGAGGAUGAACAGGAAGGACCAAGACAACGUAGAGCCUCCAGCCCUGGAUCUUUUGGGUCUCUUGGUUAUGGACGUUACACACCAACAUGGUCUCGUUCACCCCAGCAUUUCCAUACACCAGAGCUCACCUCUGCUGGUAUUCAUUCUCUGCAUACUGGUAGUUACAGCUCCUUGUCAACUCACUCCAGUCCUCCAUCCACUCUCACACCUAACUAUGUUCCUUAUUUUAAAGGCAGUGAAAGUCGUCGGAGCACUCCCAGCUUAUCCAUGCACCUAGACAGCAAAUCUUAUGUCCAGGCUCCUAGACAUUUUCAUGUACCAGAAACAGAUGGGAAAGCAGACAACAUAUAUAGGAAGCCCCCUGUCUACAGGCAACAUGUGGGUGAUUGGCGAAGCAGAGGGUUUUGGAGUGAAGACGGUGAUGAAGAAGGACAUGUUUAUUUGAACCAAGAUGGCAAAAAGCUGAAGACAAGUUGGUUGACACUGAAGGGGGAAAUGGAUGCCACAGCUGUCUCCCCUGAACUGGAUCCUAAAUCAUCAUCUCGAAGUCCUGCUGCUGACAGAGAACUACUACAAAGAUCAAGCAGUGAAUCACUGUUUCAAACGAGAAUUCCUCACUCCAAAUCAGCUUCCCUUCCUGGCUAUGGAAAAAAUAAAUUACACAAGACUUCAGAUUUUGAUUCAAAUCAUGAUACCAGCUGGGGAAUGCGAGAAUACAAGGUUUAUCCAUAUGAAAUGUUAGCUGUUACAAUGAAAGCACGUGUCAAGCUACCGAAGGAUGUGGAUAGAACCAGACUGGAGCGGCACUUGUCUCCAGAGGAAUUCUAUCGGGUGUUUGGUUUGACUAUAGAAGAAUUUAACCGUCUCGCACUAUGGAAGAGAAAUGACAUGAAGAAGAAAGCACGGCUCUUUUGAUCAGUAAAUUAUAUAAAUUUAUUCAGGGAAAGUCCAUCAUGACAAAAAGAUUCUACCAGGAAAACAAAGUCUGUGCUCAGAACUUGAACAAAUCGUAUGUUAAUUCAUCAUGGAUGAAUUAAAGAACAGCUUUGAGAACGUGUGCAGGCUUACAGGUUGUGUUUCUGCUAACCUUGCAUGAAAAGCCGAGUAUUAUAGCCAUUAAACUCUAAGCUUCGACUGUUGUUUGCUGAAAACCCUUAAGAAAUAGCUGUCUAUUUAACCUAUAGCAUAAUAGGACUGCUUAUCAAAUGAGGGAGGGAAAAGGGCAGCUUGGGGUUUAGUAUCCAAAGUACACUUUAUCUUGAUCAAAAUAGCUUAAAAAUUUCCAACUGGCAAUAAUUUGUUAUCAUCUUAUUGAAAGAUUCAGAUACUUAAGUACCAUUCUAGUACAAUGAUGGAUUAUUGCUAAAAAAUUGCUAGUUGGUGGGAAGGGGACUAGCAUUGGAAAUGUGAGAUUAGUGAUUGAAGUAGAUGUGAGUUUCAUGACUGCUUCUCACAGAUAGCUAUGGAAGAGUUGUUUGAUGCGAAUCAGAAUAGCAAAGCUGAUGCUGCACUUUAUUCAAGUAUACACAGGCAUAUACUCAAAACGCUAGCAUUGUGUGUAAUCUGCUAGAUUAGCAUCCAUUAAUAUGUCACAAACAUUUUUCUUAAAUGCACAUCUAGACUACUCACAGUGACUAUAUUUUAAAAUGUUGCAAGAAAAUAAAGUACUGCAUUAUGUCUGUGGGAGUGACAUGUUAGCUGACUGUUGCUUGCUUAUAAUCAGUCCAAAUUUGGAUCUAGAUGCUUUUUGUGUUAUUGAUGGUUGGUGUCAUUCCAAAUUCAGGCAUUUUUUCAGUAAGCUGUAGAACAGCCAACCCACUUAAGUUGACAUUGUUCUUGAAAUUAAUUUGAACAUAUAAUUGAAUAAGCAACCAAAUUUUAAUGAAGCUCUGAGAAUGGAAAACCAUUUUGUUUGCCAGAAUGCCAAUUCAAGGACUAGCUCCUAAAUGUCCAAAAUGACAGCAGGGAUUGUAUGCACAUUAAUGUUGGGUUGGGACAAACCAGAAUGGUCCUUUACCCAUGCCUGAAAAAAAAUGGUUUUUUUUUAUAACCCAAUAAAAGUUCUGAUGCUGAUUUCAUAUCCUGGCUGCAACAUUUGUUUGCCCUAAGCUAACCAGUAAUAUCACUCACUGACCUCUGAGCAAAGUUUCUAGCUUAUAUAAAUGUGAAUGAACAAUACAUUGUUGUUACCAGUCCUCAAAUCUCCAACCGCUAGGACUGGACCCCAUUCCUGUCUUCUGAUCCACCCACCCAAGCUCCAACCUCGAGUCUCAUAGUCCACCAAAAAAUCCAGUUCCAUGAUCAGCAGGCCUUCUGAUGGAGCCCUGUGAUUCACCCUUCCACUUCAAUUCCUUAUAAUCACCCAAUGUUAAUCACUCUGCCACUGUUAGCUGUGUCUUCAGCUGUCCCACCAGACCCUGGAAUUCUCCCACCACCCCACAAGCCUCCCCACCUCUCUUCAGUUUGAUAAUCAUUAAAACCUACCCCAUCUUCAUCUAUCUUAUCAUGUAGUUUGGAGUCAAAUUUUGUUAAAUUUUGCUGUGCUCUUCUUAAAAGAUAGGGUAAUGAUGUAUUAGUUACAUAACCUGGAAGAGGUUAAUGCUGACAUGAGUGCUUCAAACUGAAAAUAAUUUUAUUUAACACUUCAAACAGUUUUUUUUACUUCACUGAACAUUUCAAGAUAUCCCAUUUCUUUCUAAAUUCAGUAAUGUGGAAUAUCUGCCCCAAAACUUCUCAAUCUCUGAACUGCUCAUAUACUUUAAUCUUUUUUUCUAAAUGCCAAGAGCUUAGUCGAAAGAUUAUUUUUGCUUUUAGUCAAUGUAUACAGUGAGCACCAGAAGAACACUAGAAGUUUAUUUUGAAAACUCAGAAUUGCAACAUGUCUGUGGUUCACUGCAGUGAAUAUUGAAUGAGUUAUAAAUUCUUUUAGUAAUUGCAUUUUCCAUUGCAAAGGUUUUGGACUUCAUGGUGACAACAAGAAAAGAAAGAUCACUUCUGCAGUCAAUGGUUGGAAGAGGUGAUCUUUGCAAAUUUGUUCUGGUGCUGGGAGCCUGGCUCAAUGCCAAGACACAUUGAGAUUUUGGGCAUACUGCCCAUGAUGGUCAGACUAUUAAAAGGCUUUAAAACAAGCAAUCCAUAAAAUUACUCCUUCAUAAUUGUUUUGAAAUAUUUUCAGAGCAUACAAAAAAGAACACUAACACAAUACAUGUGUGUAGAUCAUGCUUUGGUGUUUAUUUCUGUCUGUAACAAAUAAAAAAAAAAGGCAAGAAUUAAAAACUGUAAACAUUUUACCACCAGCCAGGAUCACAGUGCCAUUAGUUAUGGAGUAGCUGUUUCCAACUUCCAGUGCCUGAAUUUUUAUAAGUUUUUAUUUAAGAAUUUGCUAAAUUCAUAAUUAGAGGUACCUUAAAGAAUAAUUUAUUGAAGAUACUUACCAAGCAGUUGGAAAUUCUUGGAUGAACAUUUUGCAUUGAUUCUGGCGAGCUCUUACGUCUAUCAGUUGUAACCAAGUUUCAUUGGUGUAAUCACAAGAUGUUUGUUUUACACAGGAUCUAUUUUAGAGGAGCUGUAUGAGUUUCAGAUAUUUCAAAUUUCCAAUUAAUUACAAUAAAUAGAUUAAAGCUCCAA